AUGAAGCCCUACAAGCCACCCAUCCCUUUUCCUCAUAGGGUGGUUGAGAAGAAGUUGAAUGAGAAAUAUUCUAAGUUUCUUGAUGUCAUGAAGGGGCUACAAGUGAACAUUCCUUUUCUCCAUGCCAUGGCACAAAUGCCAACUUAUGCAAAGUUUUUGAAAGAACUUCUUACCAACAAGGCAAAGCUUGAAGAAGAAACCGUUUCUCUUCUUAUGGAAGUGAGUGCUAUCAUUCAAAAAAAGCUUCUAGAAAAGCAUAGUGAUCCGGGUAGCUUCUCAAUACCGGUGAAGAUUGGUGAUCUAGAGCCAAAGAAUGCCCUUUGUGAUCUUGGGGCAAGUGUUAGCCUUAUGCCUCUCUCUAUGGAUCAAAGGCUAAAUGUUGGGGGAAUGAAGCCUACACGGAUGUCACUUCAACUAGUCGACCGUUCGGUUAGAACACCCUUGGGAGUUUUGGAAGAUGUCCCGGUCCAAGUUGGAAGAGUUUUUGUGCCUUGUGAUUUUGUCAUUAUGGAGAUGGAAGAAGACUCCAAGGUUCCUCUUAUUCUAGGAAGGCCUUUUCUUUCUACGGCGGGAGUUGUUAUUGAUGUGAAAGAUGGGCGGUUGACUUUGAAUGUUGGAGAUGAGAAAAUCACUUUUACUCUUCAACAAGCAAUGAACUCACCCAUGAUGAAUGAAGUCCACCGCAUUGACACCUUGAAAGAGGACUUGAAGGAAUUUAGAGAAAUGAUUGAAGUGAAAGACCCAUUGCAAGCUAUCAUAAUGGGAAGAGAUUUUUAG